AUGUACCUCGACCGCCCCAUCGACCAGCAGUUCCCCACCCCGCCGCUCCGCCGCUCCCCCUCCCCCGUCGACCCGGACGAAGACGACGAAGAAGCAGGCGAAGACCCCGACCUCAGCAGUCUCCGGCGCACCCACACAACACUGGGCUACCGCGACGGCAUCACCGCCUCAAAGUCGACGCACAUCCAGAGCGGCUUCGACGAGUCGUACCCGCUCGGCGGCCGCUUCGGGCUCAAGAUUGGGUGGAUCAAGGGCGUGCUGGAGGGGCUGUGGAUGCUGGAUAAGGCCGACGAGAGGGUGUCGAAGCUGCGCAGGGAGGCGGAUGUGGAGCUGGAGCUGCAGAAGGUGUUUGCGAAGGAGUGGUUUGAUGAGGGUGGUGUGUGGAAGUAUGGGCUUGGUGAGGGGGAGGAGGAGGGCGUGACGCUCGAUAGGGUGGUGGAGAAGCAUCCAGUGGUGGAGGCUUGGAUGGUGAAAGUGAAGGAGGAGGCAAAGAGGUGGGGAUUGGAGGUGGAGGAGCUGCUGAAGCGCUCGAUCAUGUAUAUAUAG